CACUAUCUACAUCUCCCCCUUUCCUCCUCACCUCAGGACUCCUUCAAUCCUCGCCUUCCCCGUCAUCUCAGGCAGAAUAGCAGUGAGGCAUUGGAAGCCUCACCUCCAGCGCAAUCAUGGCCUCGAUACUUCCCCCAAUUCCCCGGGUCGUCUUUACCGUUCUCGAGCCCCUGACACUUGUGGCCGGCUUCUUUGCGCCUUUUAUAUCGCCUGAGUGGUUCGUUGCCGAGCAGAUUGCCUCCUCGCCGCUCGUAGAUAUUACCCAGAACACAAAAAUGGUUGCAUACCAAUUGGGCAAUAUAUAUAUCCUGUUGGCCAUGAUUGGGGUUGCUGUCCUAUACACUACUACUGAAGCCAGAGUCGUCCGCAACUAUCUAAUCGCUCUGGCCAUCGCGGACGUGAGCCAUGUCGGGGUCACGUGGUACGCCAUGGGCCAUGAAAGAGCUGUCGACGUUGCGAGCUGGAACUCGAUGACCUGGGGGAAUAUCGGGGUCACGACUCUUCUCUUCGUCGUUCGUUUGGCAUAUUUGGCAGGCCUGUUUGGCCCGGAUCAACAAUCUCCUAUUGCGAAAAAAGGGGGGAAGUUGCACUAAUCGUAUGUCAAUAAUGUCUAGCGGUCAUAAAUUAGACAAUUCUAUUCUUAGGCUUCGGUUCCAUAACUAGAUACCUCUUCAUUGUAUGUUAGCAAGCCAAGAUGUGGUGGUGAAGCUCAAUGUAUCGUUUCAUUCUUACUUGACUUUAAGAGAUCACCAA